UAAAACACUCCCCAUACGUGACUGAACGUGUUCGGCGAGGUAGAGUGGAGGGUUUUCUGGAAAGUUCCAGCUCAUUACUCAAGAGAGUGAAACACGACAGCAUUUAAGAAUCAGUUUGUCCUCAGAAAGGACCCUUUUUGACGUAAAAAUGUCUGUUAUCUCCGAGGAAAAUGUCCGGGGCGGGAAUGUUUUCAAGGAUAUCGGCGCUGAAGACGGAGACUGGGAGCCCACGGUGAUCGAGAGCAUGUGUAUGAACUGCCACCAGAACGGUACGACUCGGUUGCUGCUCACUAAAAUCCCGUUUUUUAAAGAGAUCAUAGUCAGCUCGUUCAGCUGCGAUAACUGCAGCUGGUCUAACACGGAGAUCCAGUCUGCAGGGCGGAUCCAGGAGCAGGGCAUCAUUUACACCCUUCAAGUCCAGUGUAAACAGGAUUUAGACCGAGAGGUGGUGAAAGCUGACAGUGCUACCACCAGGAUCCCUGAGCUGGACUUUGAAAUCCCUGCCUUCACCCAGAAAGGUGCCCUCUCCACCGUUGAGGGGCUUUUAGACCGAGCUAUGGCAGGACUGGAGCAGGACCAGCCAAUCAGGAGAGCCACUGACCCUGAUGUGGCUGACAGGAUAGACGAAUUCAUCCAGAAGCUGAAGAAAUUGAAAGAUGUUGAGGAAGAAUUCACUCUGGUGAUUGAGGAUCCAUCAGGGAACAGCUUCGUGGAGAAUCCAGUGGCCCCACAGAAGGAUGAAGCUCUCACUGUGACCCGGUUUAAGAGGACAGCACAGCAGGACGUGCAGCUGGGAAUACGAGCUGAUGAUGAUUUUGAUGAAGAGCCGGCUGGGAAUGACCUGGACACCAUGAGAAAUGAGGUUCUAACCUUCAGCACAAAUUGCCCUGAAUGCAACGCCCCCGCUUCCACAAACAUGAAGCUGGUCCAGAUCCCUCACUUCAAAGAGGUCAUCAUCAUGGCGACCAACUGCGACAGCUGCAGCCACCGCACCAACGAGGUCAAAUCCGGAGGAGCCACGGAAGAGCUCGGCACCAAAAUCACCCUGAACGUCACUGAACCCUCAGACAUGACCCGAGAUGUCCUCAAAUCAGAGACAUGCUCUAUCAGCAUCCCCGAGCUGGAGUUCGAGAUGGGGAUGGCAGCCCUGGGCGGAAAGUUCACCACCUUAGAGGGGCUCCUAAAGGACAUAAAGGAUCUCACCGUGUCCAAAAACCCGUUUGUCAGCGGGGACAGCGGCACCACUGACCGUGUGCAGAAGCUAAACGAGUUUGGGGAGAAAAUUGAUAAGAUCAUCGCUGGAGACAUGAAAAUUCACUUUAUCCUGGAUGACCCAGCAGGGAACAGCUACCUGCAGAACGUCUAUGCGCCUGAUCCAGAUCCUGAGAUGACGGUGGAGAAGUAUGUCCGCACAUUUGAGCAAAACGAAGACCUGGGCAUCAACGAUAUGAAGACAGAGGGAUACCAGGAAGAAAGCUGAACUGGAAAUGCUGGCUGAAGAGACUAAAAAGGGAUAAUACUAUCUAGAAAAAGUGCUGGAGUUUAUAUUUAUGACUCCAUAUUUUUGGGUGUUUUCUUACUUUCUAAGUUAAUCAUCUGGUGAAAGGUUUUUCUGUCUUUGUUUUAAUCAUAAGAGGAGAUUUAAGUUGUUAAAUGGUACACUGGCAAUAAAUAAAAACAGCACUUGGGUAACUUAUGUAAGAAACAGCUGUACUAAAGAUAUUUCCUUUAAUUCAAAGCUCUCUGACACUUUAUUGCAUUCUUGUAACAUCCCAGGAGAUGGCGCUCUGUUGCCUCUAAAUAUGUUUUUUUUUUCUUUCUGAGAGGACCAAGAACCAUGUGAUAAAUUAUUUUUUUUACACCUGUAAGCAAAAUGCAUUGCAAUAAAGUGUCUUAAAAUGUAA